AUGCAAAACUCUGUUUAUUUACAUAAAAAAGCUUUUAUAGAAUCACAAUUACGGCUGCUUUCACAGCCAUUUAAUUUACCACAAAAUUGGCGAGAAAAUACAAAGUUGGAUGAAUAUGAGAACGAAUUAUCAGAAACAACAGUUAAACAUGCUCUUUAUCGCUUAAAUGUAUUAUUCCGCAAACACCAGCGAGUCGUAUUUAGCUCUCAAGCAGUAAGACAUGUUGCUGAACAAAUUGACAAAUUAUACAAGCCAAAAGAGACGCCAUUGUAUCAAAUGCAAUUUUCACUUAGUAAUAUUGAGGAGUUACCGAAUGUCUGGCCAUCAGCGGAUGAAGCAAGUAAUGAAAGAUAUUUAAGCAGCCGUGCACAACUUAUCUCUCUUGCAGCAGCAUUAGAGAAUUUACGUCAAAAACAUUUAUUUUACGAAUCUAUAUAUAAUCUAUUGCAACAAGCAGCAAAAAAUAAAGAUGAUACAGCACAAGUUUUAGCAACACUUGGAGAGACAAGAAGACUUAUAGCAAGAAUUCGUAGCAAAUUGGAACAAAAAAAAGUAUAUAAUGGCGUCUAUAAAGGUAUUUGUGCACGUGAAGAGACCAAUGCUAUGAAAAAUAAAGAAAAAACAAUAGAUUCCAUUGAAACGUUUUGUGAAGAAAUGAUGAAGGAAGAUCUAGAUGAAUCAGUUCAUACAUUACAAUAA